UGCGAUAUUUUCGUAGUUAUGUUCUUGUGUUUAAUAAGAAAUGGCGCGCCAGUUAAGAAGUUGUGUAACAAUCGCCUUAUUUACAUAACCAUUUUCGGUCAUUUAUUGUCUGAAACAAUUAAAUUUGUCAUCAGGAAAAUGUCACACAUCAAAUCACUGGCAGUAAGCAAACCUGGCAGGAGGCAGAUACAUCCAAGUCAACCGCCAAAAACAACUCGCCACGCGCAUAGGCCCAGACAGACGAAGAAAAAAGCGUUGCCAGUGCCACCAUGGGAUAAUACCGUUAAUGAUCUUGAAGUACACAAAGCCUCACCGGAAGAAAUCAAUAGACGUCAAGAGCUUCGGAAAUCCAAGAAUGUGGACCUUGUUAAGUGGGAAGAGCAAGAGAAGGCUAUCCAGAGAGCGUGCAAGAAUAAAGUUCCAACAAGUGUGGAGAAACGAAAGGCACAUUUGCUCAGAGAAAUCUUGUAUGAUGAUAGCCAGCUGCAGGAUGUCUUGGAUAAAUCUGAUAAAAUGUUGACGGUAGUCCGGGAUCUGUAUGGAGAUGAACUACGCCACAAAUACAAAGCUCGUCCAAAAAUCACUCCAGCUCCAAGUUUGGAGAAAAGCAGUGCUAAGGUUUUAAAUGAAUGGCCGCCCGACGAAGAAGUGUCUGAUGAUGCGACCCCCAUCAAUGCAGAAG